AUGAAGAACAAGGGAGCCAAACAGAAACUCAAGAGGAAGGGAGCCGCGAGCGCGUUCGGCUGCGACCUGACGGAGUAUCUGGAGAGCUCUGGGCAGGAUGUCCCCUACGUGCUGAAGAGCUGUGCAGAGUUCAUUGAGACUCAUGGCAUUGUGGAUGGGAUCUACCGCCUCUCCGGAGUGACAUCCAACAUACAAAAGCUGAGACAAGAGUUUGUUUCUGACCAAUGCCCGGAUCUGACAAGGGAAGUUUACCUCCAGGACAUCCACUGCGUGGGGUCGCUCUGCAAGCUGUACUUCAGGGAACUGCCCAACCCUCUCCUCACUUAUGAGCUCUACAAGAAAUUCACGGAAGCAGUAUCACGCUUCCCUGAGGACGAGCAGUUGGCACGAAUUCAAAAUGUCAUCCAGGAGCUCCCACCAUCGCAUUACAGAACGCUGGAAUACCUGAUCAAGCACCUGACUCACUUGGCCUCCUUCAGCAACAUGACCAACAUGCACACCAGAAACCUGGCCUUGGUGUGGGCUCCCAAUCUCCUCAGGUCAAAGGAGAUUGAGGCAGUUGGCUGCAAUGGGGAUGCAGCUUUCCUGGAGGUGCGAGUGCAGCAGUUGGUGAUUGAGUUCAUCCUGAAUCACGUGGAUCAGAUCUUCAACAACAACAGAAAGGCCAGCUCUGCAGAGAGCAUUGAGAGCGUGUCGGUUGUGAAAAGUCUGACCCUCCCCUCGGCCUCCCUGCCGAUGAAACUGGUGAGCCUGGAAGAAGCGCAGGCACGGAGUCUGUCUGCCUCCCACCCUGCUCGGAAGGAGAGGAGAGAGAACAGCUUGCCUGAAAUUGUCCCUGUAACUGGCUCCCUCUUCCACACAGUUGUUGACCUCCCUGACAGCAAGAGAAAAUUAUCUACCAAGUCCAAGAAAUGGAAGUCGAUAUUUAACUUGGGCCGUUCUGGCUCAGAAUCAAAGUCUAAACUGAAUCGAAACGGGAGUGUCUUUGUAAGGGCACAGAAACUCUCCGAAAAAGCAACUAUUCGGCCCGCGAAGAGCAUGGACUCGCUGUGUUCCCUGCCAGUGGAAGGGGAGGAUGAAAAGAGCAGAUUCAAACGGACAGUGACUACCGGAGGGUUUUUUGUUCCGGUGAUGAAGAUACGGACAGGAGGCACAGGCAGCUCAUAUGACCUCAGCAAAGAGAAUGAGUGGGAGCGGGAAGGAUCUGCCAUGGGGGCCAAAGGAAGCUCAGAGCUGAGUGGGGAGAAAGGUCCUCCCCGGACACCGCAGGCAAAGUCACCUCCUGAGCAGCUGAAGGUCUUCCGGGCAGCAGAGGAUGCUGAAAACGAGCAGACUUCCCCCAAAGGCGGCCGCAUGUUCUACACCUCCGAAACAGCCGCCAAGUCAGGCUUCCCAAGCAGCCUCUUUCCCUUGGAGGCCUCCCCUCGUCACCAGAGGAAAGCCCUGAACAUCUCAGAGCCUUUUGCUGUCUCUGUCCCCCUGCGGGUAUCUGCAGUCAUCAGCACCAACAGCACCCCCUGCCGCGUGCCCACCAAGGAGAAGCUUUCCCUCUCCAGCCUAGAGGAGCUGUCUUCCCUGGUGGCUGAGAACACGAGCCCCUCUGCUCUGGAAGCAGGGACCCACACGAGGACAGAGCAGGCACCAGAGCGGAAGGAGAAACAGCCAGGGCCCACCUUGCCAGCGGCAGCAUCCAGAGGCUCUCACCCUGAGGAGCUGGUGGCCGCCAGGAAACCUGAAUCCUUAGAAACUCCACAGCCAGCAGUGGAAAAUCAGGAGACGUUAUGUGGGCAAAGCAGCUGCACAAGCAGCACCAGCAGCCCCCAGCAGUCCUCAGAGCAGAGUCCCACCUUGGAACAAACACCAGCCUCAGAGGUUCAUACGGUGCUGCUCCCUGCAGACAAGGCAGAGCAAGGACAGCUCAAGACAGAGGAUGUCUCCUCAGAAGGCAGCUGUGGCCAGCAGGAGACCGAGACAGCUAAGACAGAAGAAGGGUUGCGCUUAAGAGAUGUGACUGAGGAGGACUCUGCGAAUGCCCUUCUAGAACCACUGUGGCCAGAGAUACAGCAGGAACUGAAAAUUAUUGAACCUGAAGAGGAGCUCUUGCUCUUGCCAGCAGCUGUCCCCAAGACACGCCUAAUUUCUGAAUCCUCUUCUUCAGUACAAACAGAUAGUUCUUCCUCUGGCCCAGGGCAGAGUCCAACACUGUCUGAGCAGAAAUCUGCAAGCAGAACACCACAGAUAACAACUGAGGUACCUUUAUUUGGUGCCACCGGCAUGGAAAGACAAGACAGCCUCCACAACUGCCAGUCUGAUGUGGUUGCACAGCAGAGCUGUGCUUCAGCCCUGCCCAAACUGGGUACUCUUCCGACGGGCACAGCCGCUCCAAAGAACCACCACCCAGUGGUGGACAGCAGGAGUGAAUGUCUUACUCCUCCCCUGGACUGGAAGCUUCAUAGUCAAUCAGAAUUUAAUGAGGUUGCCCCAAGCGAUGAAUUUUCGUGUUCCAGAGGAGCAUGUCCAGAGUCAGGGAGAGAAAAAGAUAGCACUUGCCAGCUGCAGAGGGAAAAGGAUGGUCUUACCAGAGUCCAAACUCAGAGGGAGAAGCCUGAGAUAAUGACUGCUGAUGAAAGGGACACAUUCUCCUCCAAGGUGCUGAGUGGAGCUGGGAUCCAGGAGCUGAAGGAGGGCAAUGCUGUUAGCAGAACCCAUGAUGCUGGUGACCAGGAUGACGAAGAUACCUGGACAGAUAAUGUGCAGAGCUUAGAACUUGUGGAGCCAUGGGAGGAUCACCAGUGGGUUACAAGCCCACUCCAUUCCCCCACCUUUAAGGACAUUCAGGAGAAGAUGAUACAGGAGUUUCAGCCACAGAGCCAGAAAGCAGAGACAGGCCUUUGUCUUAGACCACGAUUCAGUCGCAGCCUCUCCCUGGACAGUAAAGACACAGUGAUGAGUCUGUGGACUAUUCCAUUCUCUUUCAUAGAUGCCACUGACCAGCAGCAACCAUGCAGUGGCAUUCUGCCAGUGACUUGUGAGCUGCCCAAAACACAACCCAUCUCCCCCUUUAGUUUGGGCAAAGCUAAGCAAGAUGAGAAUGGCACAAGUCCUCCAGAAGAACCUUUGAAACCUGAGGAGCUGAGGUACGCCCUCAGCAGGGAGGAAGCACCAGCUGAGAAAGAAGGGCCCUCCAGAGUCGCUCUUUCAGAGCCAGAGGAAAAGAAAGUGGAUGUGAGCAAAGAAAACUCUUGGAGCUCAAAGCCUGAGCUGUCUUUACCGUACCAAAAUAGCCCAGGCAGUUCUUCACAGGUGAAGAACACAAAGGAGGAGUUAUCCAUGUCUGAGGACACUGCCCUGGGAGGAGAGACUGUUACCAAAACAUUGUGCUCUGCCGCUGAGUCACAGCUGGGUAACAAAGGUGAAGAAACACCUCGCAAAGUGAAGACUAGGCCAUCGUCCCUCAACUUGGAUUCACUCCUUCCAGCCCCAGAUUUCUUCACAUUCGAGAGCCUGUCCAUGCCCUCUGCCCCUGGGAACCUCCUGUGCGGGCAGAAGGAAGUAAAAAGCAGUGAUUCUGUCCCAUCCCUGCCAACUGCCUGCCCUGCUGCCAGUAAAGGCGUUCCCUGGGGGUCUCAUUUCAAUGCCCACGUGGAUCUAGACUUGGAUUACCUGGCAGUGGCCCAUGCCACCACUGGCCGUCGUAACUCUGCCCCUGUCAGCGUGUCGGCAGUCAGGACCUCCUUCAUGAUUAAGAUGUGCCAGGCUAGAGCAGUGCCCGUGAUACCACCCAAGAUUCAGUACACCCAGAUCCCCCAGCCCCUGCAGGCUCAGAACGCCGCUCCACCGGCCGAGAAGAAGGAAGCAGAAGCCAAGCAGGCCAUCAGGCAGACUCAACGGGUGGCAUGGAGCCACCUGGAGGCCCCCAAGAGCCCACUGACAGAGAAGAAAGCCAAAGCAGAGAAAGAAAACAGUGACCCAGCUCAAAAGGACUCAGCCUGUCCUUGGCACAGCAGCCUUGGCUCUCCGCUGGAGCCAUCUCAAUUCAGUCAUUACCCCGCUCUGGAUGCCCCUGUUCUGCGUCGAAAGCGCACCUCUGAGGGGGAGACAGCUGGAGAUAACCCACAGUCCUCAAAGAUGGAGAGGCCAUCAGGGUUCCUCAAGCCUUCCUAUAGAUCUAGGCCCGGGAGGCCCCAGAGCCUGAUUCUCUUCAGUCCCCCUUUCCCAAUUAUGGACCACCCUUCCUCUUCAGCAGACUCCAGGGUGUUGUUAUCACCCAUAAGGAGCCCCACUCUGACCACCUCUUCGAGCCCCAUUUGUGGCGAUCUGUCUGAGACUUCGCGGACAACGCCUGAGGGGGUGACACUGCGGAACAAAAUGACCAUCCCCAAGAAUGGCCAGAGACUGGAGACCUCUACCAGCUGCUUUUACCAGCCCCAGAGGCGCUCUGUGAUUCUGGAUGGACGAAGUGGAAGGCAGAUCGAAUAGUAACUGCUUCUCUUACUCCUUUUCCGUGGUGGAUGGGAGUGUCCAAGACCAACUCUGUUGCCAUUUUGCUAUUGUUAUAACUAUUUUGUGCAAGAUGGACCCGAAUCCUUUACAGUUUCCUGCGAAGCAUUUUGCUAUGGAGGGUCAUAGUCUUUUUGUCUUGCUUUUCCUUCCCUUUCUCACCCCUGCCUAGUCCCUCACUGUCUGCUUUUUUUUGUAAGCCAGUCCCAGGGAACUUGCAUUUCCUCAUACUUAUUGUCUAACAAGCCCUGUGAAAGUCUCAUCCUCCCUAUGGAAAAAAGGAAAAAUAAAUCUUGGUAUAAUUAGAAAACAGGGCUGGGAGGAAACACUGUUCCAAAGCACUGCAGCCCAGGGUGCAGGGGCACAACAUCUGCUGAGGAGGUAAGUCCAGAUGUUUGGGACCUCCUUCCAUUGUUUCCCAGCCACCAGUGAAGGACCAUGCCUAUCCAUCUCUGUUGUCUGAUUUAGACAGUGUAAAUAAACAGUGCAGGAGGCUGGGGAUAGCUGAAGAGGGAGGUGAAACUGACAUGAGCAAGUCCCACAGAGUGUGAGACACCCAAGCAUGUUCCAGUGACAAAUGUACAACCUGAAGGCGCUGCCUCCAGCUCUGUCCUUGCAUCAAAGAUGUCUCUUUCCAGCAUGUGCAAGGGCUGGAAUGAGAGUAGCUGGACAGGAAACACCUAGUUGUUCUUUUAAUCUUCCAAGUCCCGCUCAUGAGUUUUGUUGUGCUCAGCCACACCUUCCUUGGACAGACAAGAUCUGUGUGGCUGGGGAAUGAGUGUGCAGCUGGCUGUCCAGCAGUAGAGACUUCUCAGGCUGGUACCAAUGAAAGCGAAGAUAUGGUCGUAACAAAGGCUACUGUCAACUAUUUUCAUCAUUGCUUGAAGCCAGAUGACACCUCUGCAACUAUCUCCAGCUGUGCUUCACACUGCCAACAGCAGCGAAAAGCAAGAGGAUCUUCUGAUCUGCAUGUCCUUGGGCUAUUGUCCUCUUGCACCCUGACUGACAUAUCUUUGACCCUUGUUCUUUCGUUGCCACUGUGUGGCAUGUCCCCAGGUGCUUCUUCUUCCUUUAAACUUCCUCUCCUUGUGAUUUUACACUGUUUCUUUGAGAGCAUGGCUGGUUGUCACCUUCCUGGCCCUCAGUUCUUUCAGAUUGAUUAAGAGUAUGGUAAAGAGGAAGAUUUGUGGGACUGCAGAACAGAUCAUGAACAAUAUCCUGGGAGGGAGAUUUGAAGUGAAUUAAACUCUCUCAUGAAGGGCCGUUAUUGUUACAGGCAAAUACACGUUCAUAUAAGCAACAGCUGCCAUGGGAACAGAAUUAAAGCUUCCUUUAUAAAGCCUCUAACUCUGCAUUCACCGCAGGCUCAUCUAUUGCCUGGUAUGUGACCGUGGGUGAUUGCAAAGUCAAGUACAGCCCGUGCUGUCUCUGCAGUUUAAGUGUCACUAGUGACAACAGAGGAGAUGGGAACACAGGUGUUGCUGCCAGCACUGAGAUUGUCCCUGUAAUGGUGCUUGCAGGGGCCAUCAUUCAUGGAGAUAUCUGAGUCUGUAGGCCCUCGGAUGGGUAUUACGGGCUAUAGUUUAAGCAGUAACUGAGCAUCUGGUAGGAAGUGCUAUAGGCACCACAAUGAGUGUCAGUCAGAAUUUCCCAACAGAUGUAUGUUUAGGGUUUUUUUUCUGAAGUACUGGCAUUUUCAAAUUGUUAGCAAACUCAACCCAUGAGCUCCUGGUCUGUACUGAAUGUGUCACGUAAUUAGUGUCAUUGUGGCUGGAGGGCCCAGAGCCUGUACGGUGCUUUCUCUGCACUCUUUGAUUGCUAAAGGGGAGAGAUGCCAGAGUACUUUUGAGAAGUUCCGGGCCCACAAAUGCAAGGAAUAUAUCUUCAGCAGAAUUUUCUCCUGCCAUAUCCAAAGGGAGUGUGAAAAAACAAGAGAGCUUUUCACUGUCACCAGUUGCAGUCUUUGAUCCUCCCCACUGUACUCCUCAUUUGUGCAUAACGCCAUAUAAGAGGGAACAGAGCAGAGAACUAAGUCUAUGCUGUCAGUUGUGUUGAGGGAGAAUAUUAAACCAGACGAGAGCCUGGAGUUCUUGUUCGGGUCCAUGUUCUCUCACAGACGUCAGCCUAUGCUUUACCUGGGCAAACCGUGGAUGGCAGGUUCAGAAUAUGCAGCUUCAUGACAAUUGUAUUAUCCUUCUCCCAGACCAUAAGAUGCCUGUGCAGCCUUUCAUUAAAACUAGGGGAUUGCCAGUCCUCCAUGCUCCUCAUAGUUUGCACAGCUCUGCACUACAUUUAUAUGGCACCCAAAUGCCUUUUUUACUGCCUCAUGGGAAAGACUUUAACCACCAUGGCUGGGUUAAUGGCAAAUGACUUGGGAAGGUGCGAUACAAGGUAUUGUGGUAAGGCAUGAGAGGAAGUAAAAGUUGUGGAAAUGAUGCCCAGUUUUUUUUGGCAUCAACAAAAUAGUUUACUUUGGACAGAGAUUUAUAUUCUCUCAGUUCCUGGAAGUUUUGACUGUCAAGGCAUCUGGAACAGAGCCAGUGAAGCUCACAAAGUGAUGUAUCAAAAGAAAAAGAAAAUUUGAUGAAACCUUGGCACCUUAAAACUGUUCUUUUUUUUUUUUUCCCCUCCUUAUUCUCAUAUAAGCUGAUCUAUGAACAAGAAAUGAGGUCUGGCAAUUUGUAUAUAAUACACUGUCUCAACUCUUAACAGCAUUCCAGUAAGUAAUAGCGCUUUUGGCAUAAGUGGUGAAACUCCUGCAAGAGAAAAUUAUUAGAAAUCUUUACUUUAAUAUUAAAGAUCAGCCUCAACUAAAAUCUGUAUCCAGAAUAUACUUUUUAAGAGUGUUUCAGAAUUUGAACUCAGAUCCAGGUCCUGGAUUUUAAUUAAGCAGAGAUUCUGUAAUGACAUCUCUAUUUUGUAGCUCAAUCCCAUCUCUAUCUACAAUUUAAUCUCCAGCCUUCAGCUGAUGUAUCAAACUUCCAAGAGCCUAGCCACGUGGGCUUAAUGCAGGCAUGUCACUAUAGCUUUAUGGUCACAAGUGGGCUUGUGUCAAGAGUGCUGAGAUAAAGCCCCAGAUCCUGCAGAGCUGAGAGUACUUGCUUAGCUGCAAGGUGAACCAUUGCACAGGUGUCACCAUUCCCAACUCCAGAUUCAGACUUCUGCAGAGUUUGUAAUGCUUGAUGAUGGAUCCAUGUUGAUACUGAUAGUCGCGGUCAGCUUCAAGGACCAGAGCUUGAUAGCUGGACAGAGCCAGAAGACAGAAGCCAUCUCCCAUCGAAUGGUGCUGACUGUGUGGUUGGAGCUUCCUGAGAUCCAACUUUACUAAGCCAUUCCUGAGGUUAGCUUCAGGGUCAGACGUGAUGUCAUCUUUGCUUCAGAGCCCUUAGAUUGUCCUCUGCCACCCUGCAGUAGCAGAUUGAACCUGAGACUGGAAGCUCUUCUGAAGUUCAGGGUUUUGCAGUGGUACACUGGGGGUACCAAACUCCUGCCCUUCCAGCACAACCCUGCAACACUAGAGACUUUAAGAAAAGAUUUUGGGUUUUUUUGCUUGUUUUUGGGUUUGUUUGUUUUUUUCUGUGAAGCAUUAUGGAGAGGGAUAGAUCAGAUUUAUGGGAGAUGGGUCUGGCCCAGAAUUUGAAGUUUUGUGUACAGGAAAGCUAAGUCGGUUGUUCUUGGCAUUAUGGAAAGGGCCUUCCUAAAUAGACUGUCACGUCAUUUGCAGCUCUGCAAGGAUCAUUUCAGGGACCCUGCAGUACAUUUCGAUUCUCCUGAGUCUGUGAAGAGUGUAAAGGCCAUUCCCAAGUUUGCAGGUGGCCCCAGUCUCAGUCAUGAUAUGGUAUCACCAGCAUGUGUUGCUUGUGGACUUUUACCAACGGGAGACAAGUGACUAAAUUUCACUUAUUAUUCCCAUGUAGUCAGGGGGUUUGUGCAGCUUCUGUUAAAUGUAGCUCAGAGUGAAAAGGCUGGGCUGGCAAAGAUGGGAAUCCUCUGAUGGAAAGGAGGGACAUGGAUAAUGUUAGCUCAUGUGGCAGCUGUCUUAUUGGCGGGAGAGUAAACAGAAAUGAGGGUUGUAUUUUACCUUAUAAACCCCAUUCCUCUGGGCUGUCCAUCCCAUGCUGUCACUUCAGAAAGACUGAAGCACUUCCUUUUUCACCUUUAGAGCUUCAGAGGAACUUAGGUCUGCAUUAGAGAGCAUCCAUAAAGCCCUGCAACAUUUUCCCUCAUCCAGAGUCCAAAUGGUGCAAUCGAAGUAAUUUUUCUUUCUUUAUGAAUUCUGAAAUGCCUGUAGUGGUGAAUACUGUGUUAAAUUUUUAUAUAUAUAUAUAAAAGAACAUUCUAUAUAAAUAUAUUAAAAAGGAAAUGUAAUUAAAAUGAAGGAAUUGCCUAAAUAGAAUCCUGCACAUCUGUGAAACUUGGGCUGAUGCAUGGAACUGUUUUCUGCUGCAACUUUUGUAGCACUGAGGACGUGAGAUCAACUGGCUUUUUGCCCACA